AUGUGCCGCCGAAUUCGAUCAAGUAACGAUCGGCAGCCCAUGAUUGGUGACGCGUCCCAUUCAGCUAUGCGAAGUCCUGGCCAGCUUGAACAGCGUGCCUCGCUCUUAUCGGCACUUUUGAAAGGCUCACGCCAGCCACUUCCGGCAACCUACAUGGAUAUGUCUGACGCUGAUUCGGAAGACGACGAUGAGGAUAUGGAGGAUGCAGAGGCUGAGGAAAAUGGCGACGAAAACGACGUGGUGGCCGAGGAGGAACUGCUCUCAGCCGCCGGCGGGAGCGCUCCUGUCCCCAUCCCGUCCACGUCGGAGGCCUUCCUUAAGGCGCAGCGUGAAGCACUGACGCGCUUCGUUUAUGCCCAUCAAAUAGAGGAGAUGCGGAAGCAGUGUGCUGCGUACUUCGCGCGUCAGGCGCGGUUCAACGAGGCCGUCGCGACCGACAACAAUGUCAGCUGCAGACCAUGUGCGCCUGUUGCGCCGACUGAAGCCUGUGGCUCGGACCCGGCGAAAGUCCAGCCGACUGCGCGGCAACGGAAGCCGGGCUUUUAG